AUGAUAGACGUCAAUGCCGGCAAAAAGGAAUGCUUCUUCGAAGACCUCCACCAACAUGACAAAAUGACAGUGACAUACCAAGUCGGAGGGGGAGGGCACUUGGACAUUGACUUUUGGCUGGCGGACCCGUCGACGAAGCUUCUUGCCAAACAGAUUCGUCAGUCGACAGGGUCAAUCAGCAUUACCGCUGAGCGGGACGGUCGCCACGAGUAUUGCUUCUCCAAUCAAAUGAGCGCUAUUGCAGACAAGCUUGUCAGUUUCAAUGUGCAUGGAACAAUAUAUGUCUCCGACGAUGAGGACGUGGUUGCACCAAUAGAGCGCGAGAUUCGCUCCCUGGCUAGCGGUCUUGCAGCAGUCAAAGACGAGCAGGAAUACAUCGUCGUUCGCGAACGGACACAUCGCAAUACCGCAGAAUCCACUAAUUCCCGCGUGAAGUGGUGGUCCAUCAUACAGGCGUUCGUGCUAUUUGCUGUAGUCGCGUGGCAGGUUUAUUACCUCCAGUCUUUCUUCGAGGUAAAGCGUGUAAUAUGA